GUCUUGCAUUACUUGGUUAAUUUGCAUACCGUGUUUACGUUCAUUCAUAUGCGUCUAUAAUAUAUCGGCAUAAUAUAAAUGAUACAGCUUGAAGGACAUGAAUGUCAAUGAUGCGUGCAGGUUACAAUCAGGACAGAUAGCAAUACAAGUGUAGCGAGGGCACUGAAGGAGACUUUGUAAAAUAUUCGAACCUAUUCAUAUAGUGAAGUUGUGGGUUGAGGCUUCAUCCUUACAUAUUAUAUAUUAUACAGGAGUUUAUACUUCGAGAAGAAUCGUUUACUCCCGUAUAUACUUAGAUUAAUCGAUAGUAUUGUGGCUCAGCCAGUCUGAGAACGGAGGAGCCUAAAACUCUGGUACACACACACAGAUAAACGAAUCAAUCAGAGGCGGGGGUCAACCGGUUAUGAACCAACAAUUUGCGGAUGUCAAUGACAUGGGCCCACAAAAAGGGGACGCUAUCCCGGAAGCGCCGAUCCCCAUAAGGGUACAAAAACCAGAUGAUACAAUAACCACAAAACCCUUCUACACACCCAUACGCCCGGAUCUGGAGCACCUCUCGCGGGAAUAUGAUAAGAUCAAGUCGAAAGGUGAUACGCUUGUUGACGAGGUGGUUUAUCUGCGAAAGGAGGAAGGUAUGCUGAAGCAGCUGUAUUCUAGGUACCACGACCUGUCGUACCAAGUGAACACUGACUUUCUGCUGCAGUGUGAAGUGAACACAAAACUCCGGAACCUACUUACAGAUGUAGUUGGGGAGUUAUCUCCACAGCAACAAGAACAGUUUGAGGCCGUCACUGAAUCGGCUUUGCAAGUCAACCCAUCGGAGUUCCAUGAACAGUUCACACCUCAGUUGAUGCAGGUGCUCAGCGAAGGAGGAGGGGCGGCUGGUCCAUCUGUGUAUGUCGAUGCAGCAUCUCCCAGUCUAUCAUCGUAUGCACAGCACCAACCUCAAUUGCAACAAGGGCAGCAGCAACAGUUACAACCGGGAUUGCCAUCACAACAAAGCGACAGAAUAGGCAGUGGUGGGGAGAAGUCUGGGAAUCGAACAAACGGACAGUUUGUGCCUCAACAGCAACAGCAAUCGCGCCAGAGUGGGAACAGAAGGGAUCCAUCGGGAGGUGUGUGGGAUCGAUCUGGGGGCAAUAUGUAUCCUGAUGGAGAUAGGGGGGGCCGGCCCAAUAAGAUCAAAACAGGUGCAUUCUCGCCCACAAUGUCGCGUUCGGGGCCCAUGGAUAGAAUACCUCCAAACCCUGGCCAGCGUAUGGAAGGGAGCGCGCCUAUCCCCGUCGCUGGCAGGGGCAUGGUGCCCGAGUCGAGUGACAAUGCUGGAGACUUCUAUCCCAGCCACCACCCAAUGUAUGGGCAAGACGGACCGGGUCAUGGUAUGGGCAUGGUCGGGCCACCGGUAAACAUUAAACCUAAGCACAUGCAAAACAUUGCAGUGGGCGGGAAGGGCGUGAGUGGGCCGGGGUCGAGUUCGAGGCACUUGAAAUCGCCACACGUGGCCGCAAACCCGGGACAUCCAUCUUCGCCUACGUUGUCGCACAAGUCCAGGGGAGAUGUGGGAGGUGGCUUCAUGUCUCGGGAGGGUUCUCGCUCAUCACGCGGCCCUGCAGGGCAGCAACUGCAGCCUGCUGAUGGAAUUAUACCGAACGGUGACUAUCCGAAAGAACAGGGAGUACCAUACAAUGGGUUCAGUCAGGGGACCAAUGUCGGGGGCAACCCGGCGUCCCCCCAGCCUCAAUUAUUACAACCAAAGAGCCACCAUCACAGUCAGCGGAAGUCCCCGGGGGCGAAGAGUAUGCAGCAAGGUAAUAUUGGUCCACCAGGCACCAUGUCGGUCAAGAAUGGCGAUGCAAUGCCCCCAGAGGUAUACAGCAGAGGAGGCAGGCCCGAUACCCAGCACUUCCCAGCGCAAGAAUCAUUAGACCCCAACCAAGUACCACUGAACCAGUACAGUUGCCGCAGGGCUACAGAUGGCUCGCUGAAUUCCUUUUUAUUCCCACGAUACAAGGAUAUCUACACACCUGGAAUUCCCAGAGGUGCCAAUCUUAUAUCCACACUCAAGCACAAAGACUUGGUCACAGCUAUUACAAUCUCGAAUUCGAGUGACAGGGUAUAUGCAGGUGGCAAGGGUUCGGUGACCGUUUGGGAUGUCAAUAAUUCCCAGACUCCAAUCACUGAACUAAACUGUCUCUCAGAUAACUAUAUAAGGUCAUGCAAGCUGUUAGCUGACGAUCGGACCCUGAUUGUAGGAGGUGAGACAAGUGACCUCUGCAUAUGGGACCUGCCAACGAAUCAGAUUGUGGGCCGUCUUGAAUCCCAGAUUUCGGGGAGAUUGGAACCGCACGUGCUGGCGUGCUAUGCACUUGCGCUGAGUCCACCUCAGACAACCCCCAAUCCAUUGUGCUACAGUUGCUCGUCAGAUGGUAUUGUGGAUGUGUGGGAUAUCCACAACCGGUCGUUGGUAGGCACACUCAAGGGACACACGGACGGUGUCUCUUGUGUAGAUAUCACAUCAGAUGGCACGACACUUGUUACGGGCGGGCUCGAUAAAAUGGUCAAGGUGUGGGAUCUGCGAACCAACAAAGAAUUAGAAACUUUCCGAUUCCCGGCACACGUGUUCUCGAUUGGUGUCUAUGGCGAAGCUCCCUUCGUCGCGGUGGGCAUUGAAAAUCACGAAAUAGAAAUUUUCAGUUUAACAGGAGAACCCGACUUGAACUUCAAUCUACGACUGCACCAAGACUCCGUUCUGUCUCUGAAAUUUGCGCAUAAG